AUCCAGUCCGGUGUGGGCGGGGUCCUGACUGCUGUUUUCUUAGGUAGCCCGUUAAAAUGCCCGAACACAAAACACUUCUUUUUCCAAGAUGGCGUCGAUGAAGGACAGCGAUACCGGCCUGUGGCUUCAUAACAAGCUGGGAUCCACGGACGAGCUCUGGACGCCUCCGAGCAUUGCUUCUCUCCUCACCGUGUCUGUCAUUGACAAUAUACGACUGUGCUUUUCGAGCUUAUCGCCGCCGGUGAAGCUGAAACUUCUGCUCGGGAUGCUGCAUCUUCCUAGGCGGACCAUUGACGAGAUGAAGGAGGCCCUGUCAGAAAUAAUCCAGCUUGCUACAGUGGACUCAGAGCCCUGGGUGCUGAUGGUUGCAGACAUACUCAAGUCCUUCCCAGAGACUGGCUCUCUCAAUCUGGACUUGGAGGAGCAGAAUCCAAAUGUGCAGGAUAUUCUGGGAGAGCUCAGGGAGAAAGUGAGUGAGUGUGAGGCAUCUGCCAUGCUUCCUCUGGAGUGCCAGUAUCUGAACAAGAGUGCGUUAACCACUCUGGUGGGACCCCUCACACCCCCUGUCAAACAUUUCCAGCUGAAGAGGAAACCAAAGAGCGCAACCCUCAGAGCAGAGCUGCUACAGAAAUCCACCGAGACAGCCCAGCAGCUGAAGAAGACAGCCGGAGUGCCUUUUCACGCCAAAGGGAGGGGAUUGGUCAAAAAGAUUGACACUACUACACCUCUCAAGGGGAUUCCUAAGGCACCAUUCCGCAGCCCCACUGCCCCCAGUCUAUUCAGCCCUCCCAGUAACCGCACACCUAUUGCUCCUGCACGGACACCCCUGCGUAAGGAGAGGGGGGUCAAGCUGUUGGAUAUUUCAGAGCUGGACAUGGUGGGAGCUGGAAGAGAGGCUAAGAGGAGAAGAAAGACUCUGGACACAGAGGCCGGAGAGAAAGCAGCUAAAGAAGAAGCUGUGGUGGAAAACACCACCCCUGACUACGCUGCCGGCCUUGUUUCUGCGCAGAAACUUGGGACGCUGAAUGAGAACCCUCUGCCUUCAACCAGUUACCUGCCAGCCACACCCAGCAUGGUUCCCUCUUCCUCUUACAUUCCCAGUUCAGAGGCACAGCCCGCAAAUGCCGGUGGUGUGGGUCGGGAAACGCUUCAGUCUGCCCGACAACCAGAGGAGUCGGCAACAGCAGGUGCCACCGCCACCUUACCGGGCCAGUACAAACAGAGGACGCCUAUGUACAACGCAAGCACCACAGCGAACCCUGCAACCCCCACAUCCCCCAGCACGCCGGCCUCCACCCCAGCCAGCAAUGGGCCCCCAGCAGCUGCGACUGCCAGCCAGCCAGAGACCCCCACCCAGCCUCCCAGCACACCUCAGACCCCCACCCCGACACCAACCCCUACACCACCACAACCCCAACCCAAAAAGAAUCUCUCACUCACGAGAGACCAGAUGUAUGCUGCCCAAGAAAUGUUCAAGACGGCCAACAAGGUCACCAGACCAGAGAAGGCCCUCAUUCUGGGCUUCAUGGCUGGAUCCAGGGAAAACCCAUGUCCGGAGCAGGGGGACAUCAUCCAGAUCAAGCUGAGCGAACACACAGAGAUUUUGCCCAAAGCCGAUGGCACCGGCAGCACCACCAUGCUGGUGGACACAGUCUUCGAAAUGAACUACUCCACAGGACAGUGGACCCGCCUCAAGAAGUACAAACCCAUCACCAGCACCUCCUGAGGCACUUCACUCGCCCAAAAUGUCAUAUCCGCUCCACACACGCACACACAGAAGUAUUUGCAUACACAUUAGGGCCAAAUCAAACACUGGGAGGAUGAGAGAUCAAGGAGAGAAAGGUCCUACCUUUUCCUGCACCACCAGUAUCCAGGAUUCUUUAUACAAAUUUUUUUUGGAGGGGGGCGGCAGCCCACAUACCCUUUUUACUGUUUCUUUUUUUUUUUAACGUCGCCUCCUAUUCCUGAAUGAUGCUGGGUCAGGGGGGUGACAGCGUUUGAGUCUGAGCGGAGGCCUUAUUCUCACAACCGGAACCUUUCAACAUUUUUACUGAGGCACAACCAUGUGGCGUGUCUACCAAGAAGAGAAAGUGAGCUGUCUGUAUUUUUCUGUAUGAAUGUGACACUGGCAACAGUUUCCACCUUUCAGAACAGAAUCAUGGGUUGUGACAGAUUAUGGAACAAUAAUGACCGUCAUCAUUGAGGUGACAAAAAGCUCAAUAGUUCUGUGCUGUCAAGUUCUGUUUGGAGGCUCCUAGUAGAUGUUUAAUAACUUUUCAUCUUUUUUCAGAGGAAGAAAAUAAAGUGACAGAUCCCAGAGGGACACUUCUCAUCUUUGUUCUUUCUUGUAGCCAAUCACUGAAUUCUUGUGCAGUGGAGCGGAUACUUGACAACAUGAAGCUUAAAUGGGACUGGGUUCGUCUUUGUGGUUGAAAACCAGGAAAACCUGUUGUCCUCCAGUAUAGGGAAGGAUCAUUGUGCUCACCUUUUUACCUCGUGCAUUUCAAGGAAACGGUUCAACCAAGAAAUUGUCCCUUACAAAUGGUUUACAUAGAAAAGACAAGUGUGCAUGUACCUCCGCCAAGGCACAACAUUCGCUCAUGCAAAUGGGUCGCUUGUGAAAAAUGAUAUCCAGAACACAAAAUGUGUCCUAAAAUCCUUGAUCUGGAUUAUCUUUUAGGGUAUGACAGGCAGUUUUCAGAUUUGACUUGUUAAGUCUCUCUCAGAUUGAAGGUAUACUGAGUCGCUCUCAAACACUUGUUUUUUUUUGUACACUGAAGAGGUUGUGAGCUGAUCUGUUUCACCAGUCAGUCAGUAGCCUUUUGACUUGGGAGUGUGCCUCAAACCUGCUGCAAAGAUUAGUCUAUGAGAGAGAGAGUCUAUGAGAGAAAAGGUCCAGACUUUUUUUUUUAUUAUUCAAACAAGUUGCAGCAGAAAACAAGCAUCACUAUCAAUUAACUGCCGUUAUGCAACAUUCACAAUAUUGUGCAACAAAGGUUUUGUACAUUUUGUUAGUGUUAAAACAUUCUUGUUGUACAGUACUGUUGAGUAAGUCUGCUUCCUUUAACAUUAACUGUUAUAUUGACUCUGUGAUAAAUCAGUAGUAAGUAGUUAGAGGCCCUGCCCACUGAUACAUGGGUGUCUUGUAUUCUGACUGAUUAGACUUGCUCAACAUUGUGUUUGACUGUCAUCUGCCUAGAACAGUUGGACCUGUCUGUCCUGGACAAAUCACACUUUGAUUAUUCUUUAAUGUAUAUGGAGUCGGGUAACAACAGCAACCUUCUAGCUUAGCUUCACCUGAAUCUGAGCAGAGGUCUACUUGCAUGUACCUUUUUUGUGUGUGUGUGUGUGUGCGCGCGCGUGCGCGUGCAGCGUAUUUACAACCUUGAACCUUUCAUGUACUGGCCUCUUGAGAUUUAAAAUGGCAACAUUAGGUCUACUGCACACACACAGCUGUCUGGUUACUGAGUGCACAACCUAAAACUCAUGCCCUCUAGUUCAACUGACCUCUUUGGAUUUGUUUAAACAGUUUCACAGAGAAAAGGUUUGUGCUGCUGUUACUGUUGCAUUAUACUCGCAUGGGUUUCAAUUAUUUUGUCCACACCAAUGAGGCUAGGUUAAAUAACAUCUCUGUGUAAUGCAGUACAGUUCAGCAGCAGCACAAACUACAUCCUCAACAAUCAUCACAGCUGAAAAACAAGAAUCACCUUCAUAAAGCAGGAUUUAUAACAGGACUGUUGUUGCACUGCAUUAGUUUUAGUGAGGUGAACCUUCCAGCUGACUGUAUGUAACCUUGCAGCUGUCGGUCCAAAAAUGAGGUAAAAUUAAAGCUGUAAAGUAGAAGUGCUUAAGGUGUCCGGCCUCUGCCGGCAUCUACAGAGUCCAUGUUUUGCCACGAUAAUGUGUGUGUUCAAAUAAAAGAGAGCAAAUUUU